CAAGACUAUCACCCCACCCUCCACCGAACCACCAUCCAAGUCUUCGUCUUCUCUUCUUCUACUUUUCCUGUAUCUAUUUACCUAUUCCCCCAUUAUUAUCAGCUUUAUUUUCCCCUACUUCGAUGUAUUCAAUAGGGAACUGAGUGAAGAAGAUAAGUGUUGAAGGUUGAGGGAGGAGAAAGAGAGUGAGAGAGAUAUGGAAAAUGGAGGAGACACUUUGGUGCCUAAACUUGUGGGAUUGAAUUUGAAUGAUUCAAAUAAUGUUCCAAAGAACAAUGACGGGUUGUUUCAGGUUUUGAAAGCAGUUGAAGCUGCUGAAGCCACCAUUAAGCAACAGGUUGACGAGAACAAUCGAUUAAGAGCAGAACUUCAAAAGAAGAUUCUGGAAGUUGAAAAAUUUAGAUCAGGAGAACUGAAAGGUCAAACUCCUUGUUCUCUUGGUCAGUUGGAUCAUCUUAAUGAGGCUGAUGGAGCUCAUCCAUCAACUUUGGGUUUUGGAAGUCAAAUUCCUGAACUUACAUACAUGGACAGUAUAGGACAUAAUUUGUCUAGUAAUAUGAUUCUUGCAAAAGAUCCCAGGCAAAAUGAUUUGAACUUGACUCUUAAAAAUCAGGGAGAAAGCCACACCGAAUACAGCAAGGUGAAUGGUACAUUGAGAGCACUACCUGGUGGUCAGACAACAACUGAUAAUUCUGGCGUCUCUCAUUUCUCAUCACCUUCGGCAUCAUUUUCACCAAACAGGUAUCAAAUAGAAGCAGAAUAUGACAGACGGCUCAAUUUAUCUGGACAAGGUCUGAUACCAGUGGCCGAAGUUAGCAGCAGUAUGAAGCAGGAUCUUGUUUUGAAGAUCCAGGAGCAUGAACAGGAGAUUAUACAAUUGAGGAAACAUCUUUCUGAAUAUUCCAUCAAGGAAGCACAAAUUCGCAACGAGAAAUAUGUUCUGGAAAAGCGAAUUGCUUAUAUGCGCAUGGCCUUCGAUCAGCAGCAACAAGAUCUUGUUGAUGCUGCAUCUAAAGCGAUAUCGUACAGACAAGACAUAAUUGAGGAAAAUAUACGUCUUACAUAUGCACUGCAGGGCCAGCCUGCUGUACCAAGUUACAUGUCAGUAAAGCUGUUGAGCUGCUAUCUGAUUCUUUUUAUUGCAAAUAUUUUCCCAUUCCAUGAUUCUANCUGUCUCUUAAGUCUUGUCAUCAUAUUAUCUUCAUUUCCAUUAACUGGCCUGAAGUUAAGAAAAGUGAAAGUUCAAGAUCAUUCUAAAUACCAAUAUAAUUUUUCUAGCUCAAUAAGCAAAAUAUUGCAGGUUCUGUUUAGACAUUUACAAGAGAAGCUCUUUGUUACUGAGGCAAAGUUAAAGGAGUCUCGGUACCAAAUGACACCUUGGCGAUCAGAUAUAAACCUGUCAAAUUUUGCUCAAUCACCUCCUCGUUCUGCUGAGAUUAAAGAAGGCCUUGAACUAGUACCACAACAAGCAUAUUCCAGUGAAAAGGCUCCUCUUUCUUCAGAUCCCCAGACUACAACAGCAUGGGAUCCCUUGAGGAAUUCUCAGAGUGGUUUAAACUGUGAUACUGCAAUAAAUCUGGAGACUGAUGACUUGGGGAGGUAUUCACCUCUUACAAGCAGUCUUGCCAAUCAAGCUAUAUGGAAUCGUCUCAGCCUUUGUCUGCAGUUGCAUGACCAAUAUAAAGAUUGUCAACAUAGUUGUGAACUGGAAAGCUGCAGGCAAAUCACAACUGUUAAGAGCAUCAUGCAACACUUGAUCACCUGUGGACUAAUUUUUGGGCACUAUUUGUUCUUGUAUCAUGGUUCACCUUUUGAUUGUUUUUCUGAUAUUUGCUUAUUUUCGAAUACUACGACCGAAGUCAUACCAUCACAACUUGCAGGUAAUAUGCAUUUGAAGCCUAAAAGUGAAGAAACACCCAGUAAGCAAGUCACUUUUAGCGAUCUCAUCAGCAGCAAUGAGAUGGAUGAUUCUGAGAUGGGGAGACAUCAAAACGAUAUAGAGCCUAAUUGGGCCCAUAAAAGCUCAACAUAUACAUCACAGCUAGAUGAUCCAAGCUCAUCGUAUCCUUACCUGCCACCAGUUCUCGAGGAACCUUCAUCCUCCUAUUCGGAAGCCGCAGAUGAAGAGGCACUGCCUGCAAUAGAGGGUCUCCAAAUUUCUGGUGAAGCUUAUCCUGGACAGGCACUCCAAGCUUGUGGCUACUCUAUUAAUGGAACAACCAGUUGCAAUUUUGAGUGGGUUCGUCAUUUGGAGGAUGGAUCUUUCAACUAUAUAGAGGGGGCAAAGCAACCGACAUACCUUGUCACCGCUGAUGACGUUGAUACGUACCUUGCCAUUGAAGUCCAGCCAUUGGACAACCGGAAACGGAAGGGUGAACUCGUGAAGGUCUUUGCAAAUGAGCAUAGGAAGAUCACUUGUGAUCCUGUAAUGCAUAGUUGCAUAGAGAAAACCCUUUAUAGUGGUCAUGCUUCGUAUAAAGUUUCAUUGUCGACACGAUAUCUUGAUAUAUGGGAACCUGCUACCUUGGCCAUCAAGAGAGAUGGUUACAGCAUCAAGGGUAAUGGGCCUGGUGGUGUUCUAGUCAGUGAGAAGUUUUCUCAAUCUACAAUUGUAUGUCUUCUUGUCUUUUGCCUUUUUAUAUUCAUGAACAGUUUGUGACGUAUCUGUAUACCUUAAAUUAUGUAUACAU